CUGGACCACCUAACGGGCCGGGAGUCGCUGGUCAUGCACGCCCAGCUGCGGGGCAUCCCCGAGCGCCACAUCGGUGCCUGCGUGGACCAAAUUCUUGCUCUUGUACACGUGACUUGCUCUUGUACACGUACGCCAACAAGCGGGUGAGGACCUGCAGCGGCUGCAACAAGCGGAAGCUGAGCGCUGGCAUUGCCCUGCUGGGAGAGCCCACAGUCAUCUUCCUGGACGAGCCGUCCACUGGCAUGGACCCCGUGGCCCGGCGCCUGCUCUGGGACACCGUGGCGAGGGCCCGUGAGUCCAGCAAGCCCAUCGUCAUCAUCUCCCACAGCAUGGAGGAGUGUGAGGCCCUGUGCACCCGGCUGGCCAUCAUGGUGCAGAGCCAGUUCAAGUGCCUGGGCAGCCCCCAGCACCUCAAGAGCAAGUUUGGCAGCGGCUACUCCCUACGGGCCAAGAUCCGGAGCGAAGGGCAGCAGGAGGCCCUGGAGGAGUUCAAGGCAUUCGUGGACCUAACCUUCCUAGGCAGUGUCCUGGAGGAUGAGCACCAAGGAAUGGUCCAUUACCACCCGCCUGGCGAUGACCUGAGCUGGGCAAGGGUGAGCGCACGCCUGGGCGUUGGAGGGAGCACACCUCUGAUGGCGCCCAUCUUCCUGCGUUCUCUCUUUUGGGGGGAGUCUCGCUCAGCGCUGCUGCGACAUUCACGUGGAUUUCACAAAGCAAGAGACGUCUGAGCUGGAAGGGACCUUGGGGAUCAGCUCCUCCCGCCUCUCAUUUCACAGAGAGGGGAGCAGCCAUGUGCCCAGGGUCGCACAGAAAGCCAGGGACCCUCCUGGAGCCUCUGCCUUCUGGCACCAUUCCCAGCCAGCAUCCCUUUCCCUGAGAUGGCAGAUGGCUGAAUUCCUUAGGACUAACUUCUUGAGGGGUGGUUUGGGAGCAGCAGGGCUUUGUGAUAACCCCAAAGACCCCUCCUCUUUCCACCCCCUGCUGCCUCCUCCCUUCCCGCGGGUGUUCCGCAUUAUGGAGCAAGCCAAGAGGAAGUCCACCAGACGGCUCCGGAGGAUGUCUUCCUGAGCCUCACCUGCCCGAGGCCCCCCACCCGAAGGGAAAGCAGACAAGGACAAGCAAAACCAGCAGGCUCCCGGCCCCCCUCUCCUCCUUCGGCUCCAUUUCCCUCCCAGCCCUCCUCCCAGCCUCCCACCCCACCCCGCUCUGGGCCUCCCUCCCAGCAUCCCUCACGGCUCCCCUCAAAGUCUGCCUUGCUGUAAGAAAGAGCUGUGGUGCCAGGUUAGCACAGGUGCGCACAGCCUGCCCUGGGCUGCAGGGGGUACGGGGCUGGAGGGGUGGGUGUGGCUCUCUGCAGAUUGAGGCCACUCACCUUCGAGACCUGCCGGAGAACCCCCGUGUGUUUCUGUGGAGAAGGGUCCCCUGGAGUCCCGCCUGGGUGGCCCGUGGUCUCAUUGAGCCCUGGCCAUGGAAGCAGCCUCAGAGGAACACCUGCCAUGUCCUGUCAAGGAGAAGCCCUGUGGGUGACCGAAGCGGUGAUGAAGCUGUACUUAUGAAGGUUCCAGGAAGGCCACAACGACCGUCCCUGCCCCCACGCCCUGCCUCCGCUCACAGCAGCGCAGCAUCACGGUGUGGUCGUGUCCCUGGCUGCCACACCCACUCCAUCUGUUUUCCGUGUGGCUGCUCUGAGGCAUCUGCCAGCGUCCUCUGCCCCCCGCUCCCCACCCACUGAGCCUGGUUCUCCCUGUCCCCCGGGACCCUGGUCUGCCUCUUCCAAAGGCUCCUCUUCCUUCUCCCUGCCUGGUGGGUCCCUCAGCCCCAAGCCCGCCUCUCUCCCUCACUCUCCCCUCUGCACCUGCCACCCUUGGGUUUCUCUCUCAUUCACCCCCCCCCCCCCGGCUUUCAACUGGCAUCUUAUUCCAGCCAGGAACUGCCCUGAGCUCCCAACAAUCUAGACUUUUCCAAUGAGUUCUCUCACCCUCCUGAAGCCCAAAGGGAAAUGGGAUCUUCUCCCACCCUCUGGACACAGCUCGUCAGCCCACCAGCUCUGGGGGCUCUUACUGCCAGGGUGGUAGGCAAGGGAAGGCAUGGCUGCAGCAUUGUCAAGAGAAGAACACCUAUUUCCUGAAAAAUAGAAAACUUUGGGAGUUCCCGUCAUGCUUUAGCAGAAACAAAUCUCACUAGUA